CCCCCCCGGAUGGAAACUCUUAUCAUUGUACACCCUUCAGUACACACUACUGCCUUCAUUAUUUCUUACACUUAUUAUUAAUCAAACCUUUACCUAGCUAGAGUGAGAAACAGAAAUACAGCUGAUGAUGUCCAAUUAGUCAUAUCCUUCCAUUCUUCAUCACAAUUCUUAAUUACACUUCCAUAUUCUUCAUUUCUAUAUGGGAUUCUCUGCUAAGCCGGCUUCUGGCGAUUCCCGGCUCGGCUGGGGCGGCGCAGCCGCCGAGCGCACGCCGCCGUCGCAAACCGCCAUUAAGUGCCCCCGCUGCGGCUCCACGAACACCAAAUUCUGCUACUUCAACAACUACAACCGAUCUCAGCCUCGCCACUUCUGCAAGUCCUGUAAGAGGCAUUGGACUAACGGCGGCACUCUCCGUAACGUCCCCGUCGGCGGCAGCCGCAAGAACAAGCGUCCCAAGCUCUUCAAUUCCCCGACAACCUCAGCCGCCGCCGCCGAUCGGAACCUUAAAUAUCACUCCAACGGUUUGCCUUCGAUUGAUGAUGAUGAUGAUCAAAACAGCAUGGCGGGUAGAAUUCUUUUCCAGGCCCUGCUUCAAUCUUCACCGCCGAGUGGCGGCGCCGCCGCCGGUACUCCGGCGGGCUUGAUCAGUAUGGGCCAGAGUCAUCCCUCUGCAGAGUUCGAUUUCGCGUUCGAAUUCUCAUCAGGCUUUGAGACUAAUGCUUCUAUGAUUCCCACUUGUUAUGAUCAUCCGCCAAGUUUCGUCGAUUCGAUCGAGGAAUCGACCGUCACGAGUGUCGAUCUCAAUGCGAGCUGCAGCAGCGGGCCGCCGUGGCCGAGCCCGGAUACGAUCUGCAGCGCGCUCGACUUGCCCGAUUGCUGGAGCUGGAACGACAUCGAGGCGCUGACUUCUGCCGAUCUCGACGUCGCCGGCGCCGGCGCCGGCGAAAAUUCCGAUGGAAAGAUCAAGUAGUAAGGUUGGGUUGUGUUGUGAUUUUAGAUUGGAUUAUGGUCUGACAUUAACCAUUUUUAUGGAGCUUCUUAUUUGUACAGUUUGUUGUGUAUGUGUGUCUGAAAUCAGAGUUUGUCAUGUUUAUUAUGACAUAUAAUGUGUGGUUUGGUUUGAAGGCUAUCCGGCUUUUAUGAGUAUGUAAAAUUUCGUGUGUUUUGAGAUUUUGUGAGAGAAUGAAAAUUGGAGAUUGUAGAGCUGAGAAAGACAUCAAAUUUAUUAUUAUAGAUACGCAUAAGUAAUUGGCAUUCGAACUAUGUAAGAAAACCAAUCCAUUCUUUCAGCAAACAUAAAUCGAAUCAUCCACAUUUUAUUGUAGGGACAACAAACAAAUCAAUGAAUAUAUACCAUCCUCAAAAGCCAAAAAAAAAAAAAAAAAAAAAACAUCAAA